GAAAGAAAGCAGUGAUGGAUUCCAGCCCGUUCCUGUCGGAGGCCAAUGCAGAAAGAAUUGUGAGAACCUUGUGCAAGGUCCGGGGAGCAGCACUGAAGCUGGGACAGAUGUUAAGCAUCCAGGAUGAUGCCUUCAUCAACCCCCAUCUCCAGAGGAUUUUUGAGCGUGUACGUCAGAGUGCUGACUUCAUGCCGAUAAAGCAGAUGAUGAAAACUCUGAACAAUGAUCUUGGCCCCAACUGGAGGGAUAAACUGGAGUCCUUUGAAGAACGCCCAUUUGCUGCUGCUUCAAUUGGUCAGGUUCACCUGGCACGUUUGAAAAAUGGCAAAGAAGUUGCCAUGAAAAUCCAGUACCCCGGAGUCGCCCAGAGCAUCAACAGUGAUGUUAACAACCUGAUGACUGUCCUGAGCAUGAGCAAUAUUCUCCCUGAAGGUUUGUUCCCUGAACAUUUGAUUGAAGUCCUGAGCAGAGAGCUGGCCCUGGAGUGUGACUACCAGAGAGAGGCUGACUGCGCAAGGAAAUUCCAGGAGCUGCUGAAGGACCACCCCUUCUUUUAUGUCCCAGGAAUAGUGGAUGAGCUGUGCAGCAAGCAUGUCUUGACCACAGAGCUGGUGCCUGGCUUCCCCUUGGAUCAAGCUGUAGGACUGAGCCAGGAGAUUCGAAAUGAGAUCUGUCACAACAUCCUGGUCCUGUGUCUGCGUGAGCUGUUUGAGUUCAAGUACAUGCAGACUGACCCGAACUGGUCAAACUUCUUCUACGACCCGCAGUCGCACAAGGUGGCCCUGCUGGACUUUGGAGCAACACGAGGGUUUGAUGAGAAGUUCACAGAUGUCUACAUAGAGGUAAUCAAGGCAGCUGCUGACAUGGACAGAGAGAGAGUACUGAAGAAGUCCAUCGAAAUGAAAUUCCUCACUGGCUAUGAAGUCAAGGAAAUGGAAGAUGCCCACUUAAAUGCUGUCCUCAUCCUGGGAGAGGCUUUUGCGUCUGAGGAACCUUUUGAUUUCGGCAACCAAAGCACCACUGAAAAGAUCCAUGGUUUAAUCCCAGUCAUGCUGAAGCAUCGGCUUAUCCCUCCGCCAGAGGAGACGUACUCUCUUCAUCGGAAGAUGGGGGGCUCUUUCCUUAUCUGCACCAAACUGAAGGCCAAAAUUCCCUGCAAAAACAUGUUCCAAGAGGCAUAUAGCAACUAUUGGAGCAGUAGGGGCAAGAAGCCAGAGGAGUAGUAAGAAUGAACAAACAUGUCUUGUUCUGAGGGCACAGUUCAUCUGAGCCUUGCAGAGAGCGUUUUAGCCUCCCAUGUGUUGCACCCCAGCUCUCCAUCCUCUUGAGAUGCAGCAGCCUGUGCCCUGGAAGCCAAGUGUGUGUUUCACAAGGACAAAGCUGUUCUUUCAUGCUGUGUCUGUCCUACACUGACUGCCAGUACAGUCUGCAGCUUGCAGGAAACUAUCUUCUUGAGUGCUUCUGUACUGUUUCGAGGCACCAGCCGACUACCCUGAAUGCAUUUUUAACAUUGUGAUGGUGGCUGCAUAUUGAUUGGGUUUUCUAACGCGUAGGGGAAGGAAGACAAGAGCAGAAUUUAAUAUUGAAACCUGUUUGUAAUUCUCCAAAAAUAUUUUUUUUUUUAAAACUCUUCCCUCUUUCAUGCUAAGGUGAAAUUAAAGUAGUUUUCAUACUGUGAAUUACAGAAUGAAAUACUAAGGUGGACCCUACCACUGACACAUUCAGCACCUUCCCCCCAUUUUUGUAAGUCAGUCAGACAGUCAAGUGGUGGCAGUCUAAGAACCCUCCUGGAUUUUACUGACACUGAUGUAAUGCAAGGGUGGGGGGGUGUGUGUACAUAGGAUGAAGUUUUAUGCUUUCUGCCUCUUCCUGGCUUGCAAGCUAAACAUAGGAAAUAUUUUAAAAAUCUGGGAACUGAGUGCCAAUCUUUUAAACACACAUGUACACUCACACACCCCAUCUCAGUUCGGGGAGUCAAAUACGUAAUCAACAGAGCUAUAUCGGAGCACAAAUAGUGGGAUUCUUCACUGUCUGAUAGGUAUCAGCUUUCCUGAGGGCAAGUUAGAUAAGCUACACCUCUGACACCAAUUGCUUGCUGGACUUCUAACCAAGAACCUAGUCUGUCUGUGUUUCUGUAAUGCACAACUAACUUACGGCAAGGCAGACAAACAUGUAAUGUCUCUCAUGAGCAUUUCAUGCUUUUGCUGAAAUGUCACACAUUUAAAACCAGACGCACAGUUUUAAACUAUUGGAGUCAAGGUAGGAAAUUUACUUCCUUAGAUUUUUGUACAAAGCCUGUACCUGUACGACUUCCUGAUUUCAAUAAAAAAGUGCUUGUGCGGUGG